AUGGCAACCACAGUUGCGCAAAGCACACAAUUAUCCGAUUCUUACGACUUAAAUGAUUAUAUGAAGGUACAGCUUUUAGUAAGAGCUUAUCAAGUUCGUGGGCAUCAUAUCGCCAAAUUGGAUCCCCUAGGAAUCAUGAAUGCUGAUUCAGAACUACCGAGAGAACUUGAUCCUAAACAUUACGGCUUUACUGAAGAAGAUCUCGAUAGACAAUUUUCCCUAGGACCAGGAAUUCUGCCUGGUUUCUCUGAGAAUGGUGAAAGAAUGACGCUCCGCGAGAUCGUUGAAUUUUGCAAAAAGAUUUAUUGCGGUACCAUUGGAAUUGAAUAUAUUCACAUUCCUGAUAAAGUUCAGUGUGACUGGAUUUCAGAGCGAGUAGAAAUACCAAGACCUUACAAUUAUACGGUGGCUGAAAAGCGAAGGAUUUUAGACCGCCUGAUUUGGUCAGAUUCAUUUGAGAGAUUCAUUUCCGAGAAAUAUCCUAAUGAAAGAAGGUUUGGAUUAGAAGGAUGUGAGAGUUUGAUUCCAGGUAUGAAGGCUUUGAUCGACAGAUCAGUUGAACUUGAUAUUGAAACAAUUGUUAUUGGUAUGCCUCACCGCGGUCGUCUGAAUGUGCUUAGCAACGUGGUUCGCAAACCAAACGAGUCUAUAUUUUGCGAAUUUACUGGAAUCAAGGAACCUUCUGAGGAAGGUUCUGGUGACGUGAAAUAUCAUCUGGGCAUGAAUUAUGACCGACCAACUCCAUGUGGAAAAUUUGUCCACCUUUCUUUGGCUGCCAAUCCAUCUCAUUUGGAGGCCGUGGAUCCGGUUGUAUUAGGAAAAACACGUGCUCUUCAGCAUUAUAUGAAUGAUGAAGAAAAUCGCCACCAUUCUAUGGCAUUAUUGUUGCACGGAGACGCAGCUUUUGCAGCUCAAGGAGUCGUCUAUGAAACAAUGGGUUUUCAGGAUCUACCCAAUUAUACCACGGGCGGUACAAUACAUAUAGUGGUCAACAAUCAAAUCGGGUUUACCACUGACCCUAGGUUUGCGCGUUCAACUCCAUAUUGUUCCGAUAUUGCUAAGGUGAUUAAUGCACCAAUUUUUCAUGUUAACGGUGAUGAUGUAGAAGCGGUGAAUUUCGUGUGUCAGCUUGCCGCAGAAUGGAGACAAACUUUUAAGAAGGAUGUUGUUAUCGAUGUUGUCUGUUAUCGUAAAUACGGACAUAAUGAAGUGGAUCAGCCUAGUUUUACACAACCAAGAAUGUACAAACAGAUUUCAAAGCAAACAAGUAUUCUUGAUAAAUACGUUCAAAAACUUUUAGAUGAAGAAACCUUCACAAUUGAUGACAUUCAAAAGCAUAAACAAUGGGUGUGGGAUAUAUUGAAAGAAAGUUACGCGUCGAGCGAGAAUUAUAAACCUACCAGCCGUGAAUGGUUAUCCAGUUCCUGGAACGGUUUUAAGUCUCCAAAAGAAAUUGCAAAUGAAACCAUGCCUGCCUAUCCUACCGGUUCCUCAACAGAAUUGCUUAAACAUGUUGGUAAAGUUAUAAGUUCAUACCCAUCGAAUUUUCACGUACAUCCAGGUCUUGUCAGGAUAUUAAAGGCUCGAUCAAAGGCCAUCGAAGAAGGAACAAACAUUGAUUGGCCGACAGCUGAAGGUCUUGCAUUUGGUUCCUUGUUGGUUGAGGGAAAACAUGUCCGUUUGUCUGGUCAAGAUGUUGAGCGUGGGACAUUCUCACAACGUCAUGCCGUCCUUCAUGACCAAGAAAAUGAGACGCAAUAUGUGCCAUUAAAUGAUCUACGGCCCGGUCAAGCCUCAUUUACUGUUUGUAAUUCUUCCCUUUCCGAGUUUGGCACCUUAGGAUUUGAACUUGGUUAUUCGCUGGUCGAUCCCAAUUCACUGGUUUUAUGGGAAGCACAAUUCGGCGAUUUCGCGAACAACGCCCAAUGCAUUAUUGAUCAAUAUAUUGCAGCGGGGGAAAAGAAAUGGCUUCAACGAACUGGAUUGGUGAUUUUGCUGCCUCAUGGUUACGAUGGACAAGGUCCUGAACAUUCUAGCGGACGCAUCGAACGUUUUCUUCAACUUUGUGAUGAUCAUCCAUAUGUCUAUCCUUCUCCCGAAAAAAUGGAACGUCAACAUCAAGAUUGUAACAUGCAAGUGGUUUAUUGUACUACUCCUGCAAACUAUUUCCACGUUCUACGGCGCCAGAUUCAUCGCGACUUUAGGAAACCACUAAUUGCAUUCACAUCAAAGAGUCUUCUCCGACAUCCCAUGGCUCGCUCUACGCUUGAGGAGAUGAAUGGAGAUAAAUAUUUCACUCGUUAUAUACCGGACCCACACCCAGAAACGUUGGCGACGCCUGAGAAAAUUACGCGUCACAUUUUAUGUUCUGGUCAAGUUUACUAUUCUUUACUUAGAGCUCGCGAACAAAAUAAAAUGAACCACGUCGCUAUUUCCAGACUUGAACAGUUAUGCCCAUUCCCUUAUGACUUAUUAUCUCAGCAUGUUGACAAAUAUCCGAAUGCCGAACUUUUAUGGGGAUUACUCGUAGUUGAGAAUGAAUUCAUCAAAAUUUUAGGAAAAUCAGCUAAGCCUGUUACCCGUCUGCCAUCGGCGUCACCCGCAACAGGUAAUAAGAAACAACAUGUUCACGAGGAGCACAGUUUAUUAUCGCAAGCACUUAUCGGACAAGUCGUUAAACCUAGAGAGAUAAUUGCUGGCGUGCCGAUCUGGGCAUGA